AAACAAUUUGAUAAAUAUUUUGAAUGGGAUCAAAUAAUCACUCAAAAUUAAUUUAUUUCAGAACGAUGAAACUGCUGAAUCCUCCGUUGCCGAUUCGUCCGUUGCUUGCUCAGAAUCUAUAAAACUCUUGACGGAUCUCAGCUUCAGAAAAUUUGAGAGCUCUUUCAAGGCAAUGGAUAACCAAAUGAAGUGGAAGUUAUGCUCAGGAAGAACUGUGGAAGACGUCCUUUAUGAUUACGGGAUGGAACUGGAACGAGAGCAUGCUGUGCAUUCAUUUAUCCUCGAUACAUCCGACUCAGAGAUGAAGAAACUUUUUACUGGACAAGAAUGGGAUGAAAUUACUCGCGAAACCGAACUAGAAACCACAACUUUGCCGGAAAGCAUACUUAAUUUGAUACAAGAAAUGAACAAGACAAAUAUCAAAGAAGUCAAAAGAGUUCUCUUGAAGUAUGCAGAGAUAAGAUACUCUGAUUAUCCUACCUCUGAUGAGUUUCACAUCGAUAAAAUAUGCUACGCAGUUGAAUCGUUGUAAGCCAAUACUAUCAAAAAUUAAGAAAAAGUCCUUUAAUUAAUUUAAUUGUAUCAAUACUUUAGAAUACAUUUAUAUGAGAGAAAUCCAAAUCCUCUCCUGAUAAAACAACAAGAGCAAUGGUACAACAGCAACGUAUGGGU